GACAACUAGAAAUACAACGCUUUAAUAUUUUUUAUACAUAAUUCAUCAUGGAGUGGACAAAGGCUACAUACAACGACCAGUACGAGAAGUGGGUUCCUUGGAUCGAGGAUGUCUAUCUUCGCUGGUUCACAAAGGACAACAAGGCUAGCUAUGCCACAAAGCAAAACCUUGACAAGACCAAAGUCACUGGCAUCGAACAAGUAGACACCCUCCAAGACGGCGUCCACAACCUCGCCACCAGCCAAGUCGGCCAAGGCGGCCUCCUCCAACCCGUCGGCGACCUAGCCUCCAAGGAAGGCAUCAACCGAGCCGAGAGACAGGGCAAGGACGAUGAUGGCGGCUACGUGAACAAGAACACUCCUGGUGCUGGUGCCAUGAACAGCACUGCCAACGCCGUCGUCGGCGGUGGAAAGGGUGCUGCCCAGGGGUUGGGAGAUGUUGGAAAGGGUGUUGGCAACACUGUUGGAGGACUACUCGGCGGUGCCAAGAAGGAGUAAAUACCUUUGAGAAAGAACAUGUGCUUUUGUUAUCGGUGUUUUGGGAAUGGGCUUGCUUGGAUGGCUAUACCUUUGGGUUGACGGGCUUGGGUAAUGGGAUCAGGCCAGUUAAUGGAGGAACAACUGUGCUACAUGAAUGUUUAAUCACGAAUAUACACAGAUAUUACUAGCGAAAUACCAUGAGUAAACUAAA